AAACGCAAGAUGAUCCUCACAAACUGCGCCGCCUGCGCCGCCCCACUGGCCCACGACGCGCCGCGAUGCAUUAGAUGUCACACAAGAUAUUGUAACAAAACUUGCCAGCACGACCACUGGCGCCGCGGCCACAAGCAGAUGUGCAAGAAAAUACACCGCGGCGGCAACGCGGAACAAUACCACGCCAACAAAAAAUACAAGGAGGCCGUCGCGGUCGCGGUCGAGGCGUGCGCGGACGACACGAAGGGGCAGACGUGCUUCAUUUGCACGCAGGCCCUCCACUGGAAGACGAAGGAGGGCCUCGUGCGCGGGUGCUCCUGUCGAGGGACGGCGGGACUCGCGCACGUGUCGUGCCUGGUGGAGCAGGCGAAGAUUUUGUAG